GGUACAUAAUACGGAAAUAUUGGUUAUCCGCUUGGAUUUGAUUUUGGUAUUGGUUAUUAGUAUUUUGACAUGUGUCACGUGUCCUAACCUAAGGGCAAAGCUGUCAAAAUUAUUUUUGUUGACUCGCUCUUAAAGGGAUUUUGAAUGUACAUUAUUUUGAGUAGUUUGCAUUAAUAACCUUCAUUAAUAUGAUAACAGGACAAUACAGGAAUAUUUGGUUUGCAUGCAAAUCUACUCGACAAUUUAACUGAAGCUUCAAGUUGCCCCCCACGUUUCGUAAUGAGUGGAAAACCAAAACCUACAGCAUCCAGCACACCAAAACUUUGUACAGUAAGUCGUCGCAAGCCAAUCCAUCAGGACAGUGUCUCUAUACAGAGCCCCAUAGAAAGGGAACUUAGCAGGUCAACUAGCACUGAGGAGUUCCAUAGUUAUACUGCUGAAUGUAGCAAUUGCAAUGAAAAGUAUAUAGAAGAACGAUUGGUACAACCUGAAAAGGAAUAUGAAAGUUCUAGCUCAGAUGAGGAGAAAAAUAUCAGAAGUUAUUGCUUCAAAUGUGGAUCAAAGUUUAGAUCUACACCCAGAAGGUCACAGCUUGCUAAUGACCCUGAAUAUCAAGAGCAACUUUUGAAAAGGUCCAGGUCAGAAAAGCAGAAAAGGUCCAACAAAAUUCCAGAAUCUAUAGUACAUAGCAGUGAUGAAGUUCAAUUUUAUAUACCAGUAAUAAAAGCUGUACUACUAGUAGUCUUAGUAGUGGUGAUUUCAAUAUCAUAUUGCUUUUCAACCAGAAGUAACGAGGAUUAUUGGAAAAAUUUCAAUGAACUACCUAAAAAAUACUCAAGGCAAUCUGAAGAGUUUUGGAGCACUGUAAAAGUCAUGAUUGAGGAUGUGCAGAAUAUGAACCAGCCAAAAUCCUUAGUUUUUGUAUAUUCUGAAGGUAACUACGCUACUGUGAAAGAAAUAAUAUCAUCCAUAUCACGGCUUGCAAUAUGUAUUCUUUCCAACUGUAAUUCAAGUGUGGUAAAAUUGGUUCCUGAGGAUUUCAGCACCAGAGAGGUUAUGCAUGAUUAUGGGAAGAUCAUAGCCAGAACAAAAGCACCUCUUGCAGAGUCCGGGGUAAUGAUUGUGGAGAAUAUUGAAGGGAUAUCUGGUGAAUCAGCCCAGGCUUUUCAUAGUCUCUGUGACGAGUACAACCCUGUGGUAGGCAAAGCCUUGUUCUUGUUCACAUUGGAAAUGAACAAACCUCCUUCUAAAGAAGCAGUUUUUUCGGUAAUUAGAGACCAAUUGAAAAUAGCUUGGAAAGAUCUCAAUGAAGACAAGUUCCAUCCCUUGGUCACCAGAGUUGCAAAUGUUAUCUUGCCUAUAAUGCCAGAAUAUUAAAAAUGGCUUUUGGAAAUAUAGAUCUUCCUCACAAUAGCAGAUUGAGAAACUGUAAAACGUAAAUAUAUUGUUUGAUCCUGAAAUGGUUGUAUUAUGCAUAGGUUGAAAAGGAGAUUACUGAUAUUAGUGAAAUGGUGAUAUGAUAAUCUGUUUUAUAUGAAAGACUCUGUAUUGUUUGGGGCACAAACUCUCUAUUUUGUACUUAAUGUGUUUUUAUAAUUAAAUAGUGAAAGUUAAA